UUCCAAUAAUUUGGUACGGUGAUGCCAGCGAUGACUCGGUAGACAGCUCGCAUCUGGAGGAGAGGGUAAUGCCGCUGCGGUGCUUGUGUGAAAUGGAUGGAUUAUCGUAACUACAAAGCAAGACGCACAACAAGAUCGCCAGUGGCGGAUUUAGUCUUGAUCACAUCAUUGCGGAUUGUGUGGUGGAUUAGCAGAAGGUUAUAUCCAAAUCAGUGUUCGUGAGAAGCUGCAUAUCGGUUGUGAUCAGAGUCGGAGCCGUCACCAGAGCCCGGGGAACGCCCAGCCCAGUGUGUUGAUGCCAAGUCUUUGACCUUGUGCUGUACUGGGACUAUUGGAGAAGAGCAUCACUCUCACCGUGACAGAGGGAAAUCCCGCUGGUUUUUCCCAGCCCCACUGACGGCCAAGGAAUUGGGGCUAAGGUGGUUCACACGCGCGAAGGAAAUCUCCUUUGAAAUUGGAAAGCUGGGAAAGGUUCCUGAGUCAGACAGCAUCAGGAGCUUCGACGCCUCUAAGGUGGUCGGCGUUUCCGUGUAAAGGGAAAAGAUAGGAAGGUCAGCGUUAUGAAUAUGAGCGCAGUACCCUACCAGCAGAAUUCGUAUAGUCUUGGAGGUGUGCCCACAAGCAUACGAUGUUACAGAUGUGGAGGAGUGUGCAAAGGAGAGGUCGUGCGGGUUCAUAAUAAUCACUUUCAUGUCAAGUGUUUUACCUGUCAAGUUUGUGGUUCCGACUUGGCCCAAGCAAACUUCUUCUACAAAAAUGGAGAAUACAUCUGCACAUUGGAUUAUCAACGGCUGUAUGGCACUCGUUGUGACAGUUGUGGAGACUUCAUUGGUGGAGAGGUGAUCUCAGCUCUGGGGAGGACAUUUCAUCCAAAGUGCUUUGUCUGCACAGCCUGCAGGAAACCAUUCCCAGUUGGAGACCGUGUUACUUUCAGUGGGAAAGAUUGUGUAUGCCAGCAAUGCUCUCACACAUUGAUUACUGCUUCCGAGCCAAUAAAGAUUCAUGGACCCAGUCAGUGUGCUGGCUGUGGGGAUGAAAUCAAACAUGGACAAUCAUUGCUGGCCUUGGAGAAGCAAUGGCAUGUGAGCUGUUUCAAAUGCCAGUCUUGUGGUGUUGUGCUGACAGGAGAAUAUAUCAGCAAGGAUGGUGUUCCUUAUUGUGAGACCGAUUACCAUUCACAGUUUGGCAUUAAGUGUGAGACUUGUGACAGAUAUAUCAGUGGGAGAGUGCUGGAGGCAGGAGGCAAGCAUUACCACCCAACAUGUGCAAGGUGUGUCAGAUGUCACCAGAUGUUCACAGAGGGAGAGGAAAUGUACCUCACAGGCUGUGAAGUGUGGCAUCCACUUUGUAAGCAGUCUGCUAGAAUGGAAAAGAAGCUUCGGCACAGGCGUACCUCUGAAACUUCCAUCUCUCCUCCUGGAUCUAGCAUUUCAGGAUCACCAAACCGGGUCAUAUGUGCAAAAGUGGAUAAUGAAAUACUUGACUAUAGGGAUCUGGCUGCUCUUCCCAAAGUUAAAACUAUCUAUGAUAUUCAGCGUCCUGAUCUGGUUUCCUACGAGCCAUAUUUCAGAUCCGCAUCAGAAGACAGACUUGAGAGACAUAGUUUUGGGGAGUCGCUCGGGAUGCUGUCACCAUACUCACAGGACUUUUAUGAUGGGAUUGAUUUAAGACAGAGGAGAUCUUCCAGUCCUGGAUACAUUGACUCUCCCGCGUACAGUCGACAGGGGAUGUCUCCCACAAUGCCUCGAUCACCUCAACAUUACCACAGACCAGGAGGCACUGAAAGUGGCCGGAGUUCACCUUAUUAUACCCAGCUAGACAUCAAGCCAAGCCCUGCUCAGACACCUACACAUUUCCAUAUACCAGCAAGCGGAGAAAUCACUAAUAUCUACAGGAAGCCCCCUAUCUAUAAGCGACAUGCAACGAAAAGCAAAACCAGUGAGGAUAUUGUUCAAUCUGCAAGAUAUCCAGCAGCUUACUCUCCAGAUAUCUUCCAGCAGUCAGAGUCAGAAUACUGGCCUUGCCCAGUUUCACCCAAAGCAUCGAGAUCGAGUCGGAGAUCUUCUUCUGGCACUGAAGAUGAUAGCCAAAAUAUUUGGGACCAGGGUAUUCAGAGGAUACAAAGUGGCAUUAACCGAUUAAUUCUGAAGGAGGAGAUGAAAGCCAGAUCAGGGAGUUAUGAUAAUGACCCCUGGCCGUCACGCAGCUCCACAACAAGUCGGGAAUAUCUGCAGAAUGUGGGCUAUGAGUCCCCAGUGAAUGGAUCUCCCAGAGGAACAUAUAUGGGAGAUAGCGAUCCACUAAUUUCCAAGUCUGCUUCUCUUCCUGCCUAUAUGAGAAAUGGUUUGCACAGGCCUCAGAGUGCUGACAUUUUCCAAUAUGACAACGACAGUUCUGUUAACUGGGGAAUGAGAGAAUACAAGAUUUAUCCAUUUCAUCUGCUAAUGGUAACCACCAGAGGUCGGAAUAAGUUACCAAAAGAUGUUGACAGAACAAGAUUAGAGCGUCACCUGUCUCCAGAAGAUUUCUACCGAGUGUUUGGAAUGACACUGGGAGAGUUUGAUCGACUUGCAUUGUGGAAAAGGAAUGAACUGAAGAAACAAGCGCGGCUUUUUUAAGCAUACAAAAAAGUCCCAUUACAGAAAAGGAAAGAAAAAUUGUAAGGUCUUGCCUACCCAAGUAUACAAAACAUUUAACCACUCAAUCUGUUCAUAGUGUUUUCAUACCAUUAUAAUAUAAGAAGCUACAUGUAUUCUCUGAAUGUCUUGCAAAUGUUGGUCACUUGUGGGCUCAUAUUUCCAUCAUUUGAAAGUUUUAUGAUGCAAUUAUUAAUCUUCAGAUUUCAUGGGCCCAGAUUCAUGUUUAAAAUUCAAAUUUGGGGAAAAAAGGAUUAUUUGUUGUUGGUCUCUUAAUUUAUCGCUUGUUUAUUCUUGCUCAGUUUUGCUUUUCUAUAUCAGUUCUUACUGCAAGCAUCAAAUUACUUUAUUACAUUUAAGUUACAUAACUGAAGGAGAAUUAGUAAAUGUCAAAUCUCUGCAGAAGAGAGCAUUGCAGACAUAUGUAUGAUUGGAAUAGCUUUUGUGGAUAUUGUCCUAAACAAGAAUCAUUAUGGUCUCACAAUUAAGCACUUGUAUAAUUAUGCAAUUUACUGAAAUGAUAAUUGACAUUUUUUUCUCAGUGAUAUAGACCCAUAUAAUUGUUUUUCACUGUCAGUUGCUGCAUCCUGUUGAAUAAAUAAAUGAUGUAGAUUUGGCUUAAAAAGAUUUGUGCUCAUUUCAAUUUAGCUACAAUGUGUUAACUUGCAAUUUUUUGCUGUGGAGAUAGUAAUGUUGGAAUUCCAGGCUGGAUCAAAAGUGGAGACAAGGAAAAUUGCUUGCCACUGAUUGGAAUUUGAAACAGAAACCAGUUCUCCUGGGAUUCUGCCAGUUACUUUUCCAUAUGUUCUAUUUUUGGGUGAAGUGGCAUGCCCAGUUAUCCACUGCCCUCCUGCUAAUGUCAAAGAUGCCCCUCUGAACUAUUCCACAAAUUUCACUGUAUGGAUCUCUGUGUUCAGAACCAUUCAUGACUCUUCAGAUACUGAAGCAGACCAUGUCCAAAUGAAGCAAAACCUGGACAUUAUCCAGGAUUGGGCUGAAAUGUGACAAAUAACAUGCAUGCCACAGAUGUUGAAAUAAAAAGCCUACCUACUUUCACACAGAUGGUGGUACGUGUAUGGAAUGAGCUGCCAGAGGAAGUGGUGGAGGCUG